AUGGAAUCCCGUUAUGACACCUUCCAGGAAGCCAUUGACUCAUUGCAAACUCAGGUUUCCGCCUUAUCCCUUCCACCCACUACUAGUCCCUUCCCUCCCUCUAUAGUCCAACUUGCUCCUUCUAGUUCUCCACCAUCCACUAGUUCCUCACCUGUCACUUCACCAUUUCCCAUUCCUCCCAACCCCCUUUAUGGUAUGCCCUAUCCUCUCACCGUCACAAACCUUCUUCCUCCCACACACAGUAGUGCUUCUGUCACCCUUCCACCCCAACCAAACACCUCUUUUCCUUUUUCUUCCCCUCAGCCAUACCCCUCCUCUCAUAUUCCGUUCCAACCACCAUUAAACCACCAUAAUACUAUACCCUUCACCCACCUCCACCAUAAUACCCCGCCUCCCACACCAACCUCCCCUCUACGACCUCCCAAAUUACAACUGAACCUUUUUUACGGCUUUGAAUCUUUAGAUUGGCUCUUUGAGGCCGAGCAAUAUUUUUCAUUAUACCAAGUUCCUCCUGAACAUCGUAUUUACAUGUGUUCAUUCUACAUGAAAGGUGACGCCUGGAGUUGCUAUAAAUGGAUGUACCACAACUCCCAAUUUUCCACCUAG